GAGAGCGACCCGCCCAGCGCGAACCCCGGCCCCGAGAGCGACCGGACCCGAACGCGGACCCUGGCCCCAGAGCGCGGCCUCGCCCGUCUCGCCCGCCUCGCCCGCCCCGGCCGCCCGGCCGCGGACAUGGACAGCGCCCGCUCGCCCUAGAUGAACGGCGAUGGCGGCCGCCGAGACGCCCCCGGCGCGCUGAUGGAGGCCGGGCGCUGCGCGGGACUCCCGGGCAUGGCGGAGCCGGCGGCGGCGGUGCCGCGGACGCGGGCGGCGCGGCCCGGGCCGCAGCGCUUUCUGCGGCGCAGCGUGGUGGAGUCGGACCAGGAGGAGCCGCCGGGUCUGGAGGCGGCCGAGGCGCCGGGCGCGCAGCCCCCGCAGCCCCUGCAGCGCCGGGUGCUGCUGCUCUGCAAGACGCGCCGCCUCAUCGCCGAGCGCGCCCGCGGCCGCCCCGCCGCGCCCGCCCCCGCCGCGCCCUGCGCGCCCGCAGCGCCGCCCGCACCGCCCGCACCGCCCGCAGCCCCCGGGCCGGAGCCGACCGCUAGCGAGCCGGGCCCCGACUCCAGCGCCGCGCCGCCCGAGCCCGUCCCCGACGGCGGCCCCCUGCGGGAGGCGGCCGAGGCCAAGAAGGAGGAGGACGCCGGGGUGACCGGGGCGAAGCCAGAGCCCGAGCCGGGGCGCGCUCGCCAGGAUGAGCCCGAGGAAGAGGAGGACGACGAGGACGACCUCAAGGCCGUGGCCACCUCGCUGGACGGCCGCUUCCUCAAGUUCGACAUCGAGCUGGGCCGCGGGUCUUUCAAGACAGUCUACAAGGGGCUGGACACGGAGACCUGGGUGGAGGUGGCCUGGUGCGAGCUGCAGGACCGGAAGCUCACCAAGUUGGAGCGGCAGCGCUUCAAGGAGGAGGCCGAGAUGCUGAAGGGCCUGCAGCACCCCAACAUUGUGCGCUUCUAUGACUUCUGGGAGUCCAGCGCCAAGGGCAAGCGCUGCAUUGUGCUGGUGACCGAGCUGAUGACCUCGGGGACGCUCAAAACGUACCUGAAGCGGUUCAAGGUGAUGAAGCCCAAGGUGCUGCGCAGCUGGUGCCGGCAGAUACUUAAGGGUCUGUUGUUUCUGCAUACUCGGACCCCUCCCAUCAUCCACCGUGACCUCAAAUGCGACAACAUCUUCAUCACUGGGCCCACGGGGUCUGUGAAGAUCGGAGACUUGGGUCUGGCUACCCUGAAAAGAGCAUCCUUUGCCAAGAGUGUGAUAGGCACCCCUGAGUUCAUGGCUCCAGAGAUGUACGAGGAGCACUACGAUGAGUCCGUGGACGUGUACGCCUUUGGGAUGUGCAUGCUGGAGAUGGCCACCUCGGAGUACCCCUACUCGGAGUGCCAGAACGCCGCCCAGAUCUACCGGAAGGUCACCUGUGGAAUCAAACCGGCCAGCUUCGAGAAAGUGUUGGAUCCUGAAAUCAAGGAGAUCAUUGGAGAGUGUAUCUGUAAGAAUAAGGAGGAGAGGUACGAGAUCAAGGACUUGCUGAGCCACGCUUUCUUCGCUGAGGACACAGGCGUGCGGGUGGAGCUGGCUGAGGAGGACCACGGCAGGAAGUCUACCAUUGCCCUGCGGCUCUGGGUGGAGGACCCCAAGAAACUGAAGGGCAAGCCCAAGGACAACGGGGCCAUAGAGUUCACCUUUGACUUGGAGAAAGAGACGCCUGAUGACGUGGCCCAGGAGAUGAUCGAAUCAGGAUUCUUCCAUGAAAGCGAUGUGAAAAUUGUGGCCAAGUCCAUCCGUGACCGUGUGGCGCUGAUCCAGUGGCGGCGGGAAAGAAUCUGGCCGGCAUUGCAGCCCCCAGAGCAGCAGGACCCCGGCAGCCCUGACAGGACCAAGGGCCCACCAGUACCCCUGCAGGUCCAGGUGACCUAUCAUGCACAGACUGGGCCAGCUGAGCCCGAGGAACCCGAGGCCGACCAGCACCUCCCCCCACCCACGCUGCCAGCCAGUGCUACCUCCCUGGCCUCGGACAGCACAUUUGACAGUGGCCAGGGCUCCACGGUGUACUCAGACUCGCAGAGCAGCCAGCACAGUGUGGUGCUGGGCUCCCUGGUGGACGCAGUGCCGCCUGCCGCCCAGUGUGUGUGCAGUCCUCCUGUGAGCGUGACCGUAAACGAGGGGCCUGUCCUGCCACACAGUCUGCCCUCGCUGGGGGCCUACCAGCCGCCUGCCGUGCCCGGCUUGUCAGUGGGCUCCGUCCCGCCCCCCACCCACCCUCCACUCCCGCAGCAGCAUUUCCCAGAACCAGCACUGAGCUUUACUCCCGUGUUGCCGCAGCCCAGUGCCCCUGUGCCCACAGGCCUGGGCCAGCCAGUACCCACUGGCCACCAGCCUCCUCCGCUGGCCCAGCCCACACCUCUGCCACAGGUGCUGGCCUCACAGCCAGUGGGCUCCCUGCAGCCAGUAGCCCCUCAUCUGCCUCCAUACCUGACUCCCACCUCCCAGGUGGUGGCCCCCACUCAGCUGAAGCCUCUCCAGAUGCCACCAGCCCCCCUGCAGCCGUUGGCUCAAGUUCCUCCACAGAUGCCUCCGCUUCCUGUCGUUCCUCCCGUCGCCCCGCUGGCGGCCAUCGACAGCCUCCCUGCCGGCCUCCCUGACCUGCCGGCCGCCAGCGGGCCCCCUAUGCCUCCCCCAUCUCAGUAUUUCUCUCCGGCUGUCAUCUUGCCAAGCCUCCCACUCAGCGCCGCCGCCACCCCCCUGCCCACGUCUCCAGCCCUGCCCCUGCAGGCAGUCAAGCUGCCCCACCCUGCUGGGGCACCGUUGGCCGUGCCGUGCUCAACCAUCAUGCCAAAUGUGGCAGCUGCCGCCACUGCCCUCCCUCUGCUGGCUAUGGCCCCGCAGGGCGUGGCCACCUUGUCCAUUCACCCUGCCAUGGCCCAGCUCCCGGCCCAGCCCAUGUACCCGGCGGCCUUUCCGCAGAUGGUACCCAGCGAUGUCCCUCCUUCCCCCCUCCAUGCAGCACAGACUGUACGGGCUGCCCCCAUGCCAACACCCCCUACACAGCCGGCGCCCCCAAUGCAGCCAGCACCCCCCUUGCUGUCUCAACCCCACCAGCCGGGUCUCACCCGCCUUCCUGAGCAGGCUGCUCCGGCUGUCGGCGCGGGGAGCCAGGCACUGCUUGGCCACCCACCUCCAUAUGCCAUGGACAUCACCGCUCAGGUCCCCACUGCACCUGUACCUGUGUCAUCCACCACCAUGCUGGUGCCACCCUCCACAGUCCUCUCCCCACCUCUGCCGGAAGUGCUGCCCCAAGCUGCCCCUGAGCUCCUGCCUCAGCACGCUGGCUCCUUGGUGCCCCCAGUGGUGACAGCUGCUCAGAGUGUGCCCGUCCAGACCACGACAGUCCUGCCGCCUGUCAACCCACCGCUAUCUAGUGGGCCCAUAACUGCUGGCCCCUGUCCGCCUGUCCAGCUUCUGGUGGAACCUGCCCCAGAGGAGCAGGCUUCACAGGACAAGCUGCCUGGCCUCCCGCAGAGCUGUGAGAGCUAUGGAGGAUCUGACAUCACUUCUGGAAAAGAGAUGAGUGACAGUUGCGAGGGCAUGUUUGGGACAGGAAAGCUGGAAGGCAGGGGCUCCCGGAAACAUCACCGCCGGUCCACGCGCACACGCUCCCGCCAGGAGAGGACCAGCCGACCCCGGCUGACCAUCCUCAACGUGUGCAACACAGGCGACAAGAUGGUGGAAUGCCAGCUGGAGACACACAACCAUAAGAUGGUGACCUUCAAGUUUGACCUGGAUGGGGAUGCACCCGACGAGAUCGCCACCUACAUGGUGGAGCACGACUUCAUCCUGCCUGCCGAGCGGGAGACAUUCAUUGAGCAGAUGAAGGAUGUUAUGGACAAGGCAGAGGAUAUGCUGAGUGAGGACACGGAUGCUGACCGCAGCUCUGACCCAGGGGCCAGCCCCCCACACCUGGGCACCUGUAGCCUGGGUGAUGGGGAGGAGGGUCGGCAGUCCCAAACGAACGCCCCAGUGUAUCAGCAGAAUGUCCUGCACACGGGGAAGAGGUGGUUCAUCAUCUGCCCUGUGGCCGAGCAUCCUGUGACCGAGGCCCCUCAAUCGUCACCCCCACUUCCUCCAGGCUCCCUGCAGCCAGAAGCCAGCCAAGAUCCAGCACCCAGCAAAGACCAGCUGUCUCUGCAGGAGCAACAUGGCUCCCUGGCACCUCCGCAGCCUCCCUGCCAAGCAGGCCCUGGGGAGGCCCCUGGCAGCACACCAACCUCUUUGGUACCAGCCUCCCCUCCCAUGACAACUCUGCCUCAGGACUUGGGUGCACCGGCUGCUGGCCUCAAGCCACAGCCAGCACUAGGGGCUGCUGUGCAGGCAGGCAGUCCUGGGAUGCUGCAGGCACCAGCUGGUGAGAGAGAGACCGUCCCGUCAGGAGAGACUCAUGACACCCAGCUUGCCACGAGGCCCACAGUCAGUGGCAGAGAGUCUUGUGUUCUGCCUCCAGAAGCCCCCAGCCACUCCCCUGGCCUGAAGGAGCCCACCUCAGCCAGAGAAGCCAGUGCCCAGGGAGAACCCCCACCAGCUAUGGCCCCAGUACCCAGUGCUCCUUGCGGGACCUCUCAGCCCAGCCUAGGCCAACCUCAGCCCUCAGCCCCUUAUGCCGUGGGAGCCGUCAGCCUGACCACCCCCCAGUUCCCUAGCCCCCCACUGGGGCCCACGGCCCCCCCACAGCCACCCUCAACCUUGGAGUCUGAUGGGGAAGGACCACCCCCCAGGGUGGGCUUCGUUGACAACACCAUCAAGAGUCUGGAUGAGAAGCUGAGGACUCUGCUGUACCAGGAGCAUGUGCCCACCUCCUCAGCCUCUGCUGGCACCCCUGUGGAGGCCAGCGACCGAGACCUCACCACAGAGCCCCUGAGAGGGGACCAGGUUCGCACUGAAGUCUCCGGGGGGGACCUGGCCCUGCAGCCCCCACCAGAGGCAGAGGAGUCAGACGUGGCUCCUGGGAGGGCGUCUGCGUUGGAGCAGACCACAUCCUCUUUGCCACUAACAGCAGAGACAUCUUCCAGCAACUCUCUGGGCUCCGAUGGAGGAUGUGUGGCCUCAGAUUCUCCCGUAGUGCCUAGCGCUGCUCAGGAUGCCCCUGUUUCUGCCUCUGCUUCUCCUGCUCGUCUGGAGCCCACAGACCAGAUUGACGGGGGCCCCAGGGAAACCUCAGCUGAGCCCACACAGAGCAGCAGCCCGGGAACGUUGGCUGAGGGUGGCCAGGCUAGCCAACCCCAGAUGCACGGCACUCUGACUUCGGGGCCCCCUUGGAAACAGCCAGGACAACAGGACGGCAGCUCACCAGCCAAAACCAUGGGCCGGUUUUCUGUGGUUCGCACCCAAGAUGAGUGGACACUGGCCUCCCCCCACAACCUGCGCUACUCAGCCCCACCUGACGUCUACCUGGAUGAGGUCCCUCGCAGCCCAGACAUGCAGCUGGCUGUGAGGAGGGCGCAGACAGCCUCCUCUAUUGAGGUGGGCGUGGGGGAGCCCGUGUCCAGUGACUCAGGGGACGAGCAUCCACACCGGAGGCCGCCCGCACAGAAGCAGAACUCCCUGCCUGGCAGCACUGGUGUGGCCGGUGACUUGGUGAAGAAGGCCACGGCUUUCCUGCACAGGUCCUCGUUGACUGUCUCACCGGGCCUAGAGACGCCUAGCAGGGCAGCAGUGAAGAUCCCCACUAUCAGCGUCACCUCCUUCCACUCCCAGUCCUCCUACAUCAGCAGCGACAAUGACUCAGAGAUCGAGGAUGCCGACAUCAGGAAGGAGCUGCAAAAUCUGAGAGAGAAGCACCUGAAGGAGAUCUCAGAACUGCAGAGCCAACAGAAGCAGGAGAUCGAGGCCCUGUACCACCGCCUGGGCAAGCCGCUACCCCCCAAUGUGGGCCUCUUCCACACGGCUCCCCCCGCUGGCCGCCGCCGGAGGACCAGCAGGAGCAAACUGAAGGCUGGGAAGCUUCUGAAUCCCCUGGUGCAGCAGCUCAAGGCCGUGGCCUCCAGCACAGGUCACUUGUCAGACUGCAGCAAAGGCCCUCCUGCUAAGGACCCUGCCAAAGCCAGUGCAGGGCCCGCGGCAGCUGGCACAGCGGCCGCCCCGGCUUCAGACCCCAGUGGGAAGGCAGUUCAGACCCGGCAGCCUUGCUCCGUCCGGGCCUCCCUGUCUUCGGACAUCUGCUCCGGCUUAGCCAAUGAUGGAGGCGGAGCGCACGGCCAAGGCUGGACGCUUUACCACCCAACGUCUGAGAGAGUGGCCUAUAAGUCUAGUAGCAAACCUCGCGCUCGAUUCCUCAGUGGACCCGUGUCUGUGUCCAUCUGGUCUGCCUUGAAACGUCUCUGUCUAGGCAAAGACCACAGCAGUCGGUCCUCCACCAGCAGCCUGGUCCCUGGCCCUGAGCCAGGCCCUCAGCCCGCCCUGCACGUCCAGGCCCAGGUGAACAAUAGCAACAACAAGAAGGGCACCUUCACGGAUGACCUGCACAAACUGGUGGACGAGUGGGCGAGCAGGACAGCGGGGGCCACGCAGCUGAAGCCGUCUCUCAACCAGCUGAAGCAGACGCAGAAGCUGCAUGACAUGGAGACCCCAGCAGGGCGGCCCCCUGCCCCCAACGAGGCGUGGCCUGUGAACGCAUCUCGAGCAGCAGUGGGGACCCCAUGUCUGGCCCCAGUGCCUGGCCCUCCACCCACUGUGGUCAUUCCCGGAGCUGCCUCAGCCCUGCCCAUGCCUGUGCCAGAUUCUGAGAGUGAGGAGCCCGACUGAGCCCAGGCAGUCCGACCAACCCAGACGCCGGGCCCCAGAGUCAUCUCAGGCUGAGAAGGGGACACUGGGAGUGACGGGGCCUCGGCCAGCCCGCGCCGCCUGUCAUUCACGCUGUUUUGUAACCACUUUCUAAGCAUUUUUUAUUCACAAUUGGAGACACAAAUGUAAUGCAAGAAUAAAAAAAUAUUUUGGGGGAAAAAGGA